UGUUAUCAAGUAUUAGCACUACACAGAAUUUCCCUGGUUUGAAAAUGUCCUUCACCUUUUUUGUACAAAUAAGACAACUUUCGACUACAUCAAGCCUUUGGGGUAAAAGAAACUUUAGGAAAUUUAUUAUACCAAGCAGAGGGACAAAUAUAUUCAAAGAAAGGCAGAAAACUAACCCAGAUCCUGACAUACCUUUGUACAAAUUCCGUCCAAAGGAAUCAGGCUACUAUCAUAACGGUAAGUUUGUCAAUGUGCCAGAAAUGGUCCCAGAACUUGUCGUCCCAGAUCUCACUGGUUUUGAGUUGAAACCCUACGUUUCAUACAGAGCGCCUAACAUAGCUGUGGCCGAGUUCACUGCCGAAGACCUCUUUCUAGCCGUGUACGCCAAAAAGAUUAAAGAAGAUUUUCAAGCGGGCAAGCUCGACGGGUCAGGCAACGCAGUCGAACCGUCCCCAGAGGAAAAGAUGACUGCAGACGAAGCUUGGAUCAAAGCGAGGAAACCCGGUUCUGACAUAUUCACCCAAAGGAGCCGGCGAGAGGAAGAGGAGAAAUACUUUGUUGAAUAAUUUAUUUCUGUGUAGUAUAUUUGUUUUUAAAAAAAGUUAUUUACAUUAA